GGCGGCGGGCGGCGGGCGGGCGGCCACGGGUGCCCUCGGCGGCCGCCGGCGCUGCCGCUGUUGCUGCUGCUGUGGGCGGCGGCGCUGCCGGCUGGGGGGCAGCCCGCGGCGCAGCCCGCGGCACUCAGCGAGCGGGGCAUCUCCAUCCCGGACCACGGCUACUGCCAGCCCAUCUCCAUUCCGCUGUGCACAGACAUCGCCUACAACCAGACCAUCAUGCCCAACCUGCUGGGCCACACCAACCAGGAGGACGCGGGGCUGGAGGUGCACCAGUUCUACCCGCUGGUGAAGGUGCAGUGCUCGGCCGAGCUCAAGUUCUUCCUGUGCUCCAUGUACGCCCCGGUGUGCACCGUGCUGGAGCAGGCCCUGCCGCCCUGCCGCUCUCUUUGCGAGCGCGCCCGCCAAGGCUGCGAGGCCCUCAUGAACAAGUUCGGCUUCCAGUGGCCCGACACGCUGCGCUGCGAGAAGUUCCCGGUGCACGGGGCCGGCGAGCUCUGCGUGGGGCAGAACGCCUCCGAGCGCGGCACCCCCACGCCUGCCCUGCGCCCCGAGAGCUGGACCAGCAACCCCCAGCGCGGGGGCGGCGCGGGGGGCUCGGGGUCGGGUGAGGCCCGUGGGCGCUUCUCCUGCCCGCGGGCGCUGAAGGUGCCCUCCUACCUGAACUACCGCUUCCUGGGCGAGAAGGACUGCGGGGCGCCCUGCGAGCCCGGACGCCUCUACGGGCUCAUGUACUUCGGGCCCGAGGAGCUGCGCUUCUCCCGCACCUGGAUCGGCAUCUGGUCCGUGCUCUGCUGCGCCUCCACACUCUUCACCGUCCUCACCUACCUGGUGGACAUGAAGCGCUUCAGCUACCCCGAGCGGCCCAUCAUCUUCCUGUCGGGCUGCUACACGGCCGUGGCCGUGGCCUACAUCGCUGGCUUCCUGCUGGAGGAGAGGGUGGUCUGCAAUGAGCGCUUCGCCGAGGACGGCUCGCGGACCGUGGCACAGGGCACGAAGCGGGAGGGCUGCACCAUCCUCUUCAUGAUGCUCUACUUCUUCGGCAUGGCCAGCUCUAUCUGGUGGGUCAUCCUCUCCCUCACCUGGUUCCUGGCGGCCGGCAUGAAGUGGGGCCACGAGGCCAUCGAGGCCAACUCCCAGUACUUCCACCUGGCUGCCUGGGCUGUGCCGGCCAUCAAGACCAUCACCAUCCUGGCCCUGGGGCAGGUGGAUGGAGAUGUGCUCAGCGGUGUCUGCUUUGUGGGCAUCAACAACGUGGACGCUCUGCGGGGCUUCGUUCUGGCCCCCUUGUUCGUCUACCUGUUCAUCGGCACCUCCUUCCUGCUGGCCGGCUUCGUGUCCCUUUUCAGGAUCCGGACCAUCAUGAAGCAUGAUGGCACCAAGACAGAGAAGCUGGAGAAGCUCAUGGUGAGGAUAGGGAUCUUCAGUGUCCUCUACACCGUACCGGCCACCAUUGUCAUUGCCUGCUAUUUUUACGAGCAAGCUUUUAGGGAACAGUGGGAAAGGAGCUGGGUCACGCAGAGCUGUAAGAGCUAUGCCAUCCCCUGCCCCAAUAACCACAGCAGCCAUCACCCACCCAUGAGCCCUGACUUCACUGUCUUCAUGAUCAAGUAUCUCAUGACUUUAAUUGUGGGCAUCACCUCGGGCUUCUGGAUCUGGUCGGGGAAAACACUCAACUCCUGGCGGAAGUUCUAUACCAGGCUCACCAACAGCAAGCAGGGCGAGACCACCGUGUGAGCCCCACAGCUGGGCUGGAAAACUGUGCAGACUGCUGGCGUUCCUGCAGAGGAAAAGUCAGGUGGGGAACUCUGUGCUUGGGACAGACUUUGGGGUUUUGUUCUCCCUCUCCUCUCUCUUGCUGUCUCCUGUAGGAACUGAACAUACCGUGAGGCUGGGGGAGAGAGAUGUAAAUAGCCUCUGUAAGAUUUUGUAAGUAUAUUUGUAUUUAAAUUGCAAAAACAAAAAAACAACUCACUUUUUUAAUUAUUUACGACAUUUUUAACCCGUUUGCAGAUUUUAACUUCCUUGCCACCACUUGUUUUUUUUGUUUGUUUGUUUGGUUUUUUUUUGUUUGUUUGUUUUUUUUAACUUUAAAGAAAAAGGCAUUGGGAUUUUAUUUCAUAGGGCAGGAUGGGAAAAACUUCUGACAAAAGAAACCAAACCAACCCCUUUCCCUCUCCCCCACGCAGCUUUUGCAAAUGGCUUUGCCCAGAGUUUCAGGAGCAGCAGAGCCUGGGCUGGGGCAGGUGCCCAGGGCCGGAGUGGAGCAGCUCCAGCCAACCUUGGCUUGAGCACCACUCCCUUCCUGCCUGAGGUGUAUGGGGGGGAGGGGGGGGUAGGAUGGGGAGGAGUGCACUGCCUCAUGGCCUUGUGCCCCACACCAUGUAGGGACAGCGUGGUUGGGAGGGCCACCCAGCCACCUAUGUGGCCUGGUACAGCUGUUGGUCCAUGCUUUGGCACGCCCCAGCCCUACCAGGCCAAGCUGUGGCCAGGGGGCCCAAUUUUCUGUGAGGUGAAGAACAAUAGCCUGUCCUGCUGAAGGUCCAUUUGGCCUUUUUGCAAAGGGAGAGUUUCACCACGGUGUCCUGUACUAGGGAAUGGCUGCUGGCUGUCCUUUCUCCUUGUUAAAAAUGUACCACAUAGUUGAAGAAGGAGUUGGCUGUUCUGUUGCGCUUUGGCCAGGAGUUGAGGUCGAUCACUGUCUGCACUUGUAGCAUGUCUGAUGGCUUUGGAGGUGAAUGGGGACACAGGUAUACUGAAUUUCUUCUAUAUAUAUAUAUAUGUAAUAUAUAUAUAUAUAUAUUAUAGCCACUCUAGUGAACUUCUGAGCUGUAAAGCCAGGAGGUGCCCACUCUGCAUUCUCCCUCAGGAAUAAGAUAUUGGCCUUGUCACUGACAAAGUGCAGAGUUUUUGGAGGAAAAGAUAAAGGCCACCUGCAAAUCCAGACCCAGGAGUCAGCUGCAACUUCCUCUGUCUUCAUGGUGCCGCUUGUGUGCAUCGGCGUUCUUCUCCCCAUAAGGAAAACAUUGAGGGAGAACUACCUGGAACGCCUUGCUGCCUGCCUGUGCUGUGGGGUUAACUGCGGGCUCUGCGCAAACAGAAUCAGGAAAUAUGAGCUCAGUAAAAAGAGCUUCAUCGGAAUAAAAUGCAGUGUUCAGAUUUUUUUUUUUUUUUUAAUUAAAUCCAUAAGCUGGCUCCUCAGUUUGGAAAUGUUUGAGCCGUUGCUGUUCUCUUGAAUUUUAAUUCAUUGACAUUUAAUUCAUUACACAUUAUGAGGGUGUGAUGAUUUUUGCCAGUAGUAAAAACAAAGGGAAAACAGAAAACCAGAAUGUCUGAGCACUCUGGUGGGAUGUUAGACCUUAAAGAGCCUCUGCUGUCUUUUCUUUUUUCCUUUCUUUUUUUCCCCUCCACUACGGUAAUAGCAUUGCACACUACAAAGAUCUGAUACCAUGUGCAGUGUAUCUACUACCUUAUAUGCUUCUGGGAAUGUGCUUCUUUUUGAGGAAAAAAAAAAAAAAAAAAAAAAAAAAGUUAAAAAUGAAAUGUAACUUUCAACAGAUGCAUUUAAAUAUUUAGUCCUCUGUACGAAAAACAGCAGAAUGCUUCUCUCCUGAUUGAUUGUAUUGUUUUAAACUUUUUUAUAUUACAAAUGCCUGUAUUUAGGUUCAUAAAUGUUAUCUAUGGCUACCAUACCCUGAAAUUCAAAAUUAUUUGAAUUUGGUAUGCAUUUAUUUCUGUUCAUUAUCACGAGAUCAUCUAUAUUUAUAGAGGAAUAGAAAUUUAUAUAUAUUAAAUACCAUAUUUUUAAUUUCUCUGAAAUAAAUUGAGGUUUUGUACAAAA